AUGAAGAGAUGUGUGGGGAUGAUGAGUACAGGAGCUCGUAUUCAGGUGAUACCACUACACCCACCCCCUGGUGAUACUUCAACAGAGAGGACAGUACAGAUAGAUGGAUCCAGUGAGCAGAUUGAGGCUGCAAAACAGUUGGUUAAUGAAGUAAUCAGUGAGAAUCGUCCGAGAAACUCAAUGGGAAGCGGUGGAGGAGGAUAUUCACAGCAGGCUACCAAGCUUGACCCCAUAGAAACACCUGGGCCCCACCCGCACCCCAAAUGCAACAAGAAGGCUAUGGUUACAUGCAACCAGGUGCAUACCCCGGUCAACCCUCUCAAUACUCCCAACCCCAAUACGGAGGCUACCCUCGUUCAGCCGGAUAUGCCGCCGGAUGGGACCAGUCCGGUCAGCAAACCGCACCGGGAGCUGGGAGCUGUUGCUGCUGGUGGUUAUGAUUACUACAACCAGCAACGAGCUCCCCAAACCCAACCACCUGGCGGCACCGUGGCGGCAGCAGUCGGGUCUGGUUAUGGGUACAGUCAUCAGGGUCAAGGUUACGAUCAAGAUGGGUAUGGUGGGUACUCGCAAUCUGAUGGUCAAACUAGUCAAACUGGUUCAUAUGGUGGACAAGGUGAUACCACUGUUGCUCAAGCUCCACCACCUGCAUCUGGAGCUCAAUCUGGUUAUGUUCAGCCUCCACCGCCUGCUGCUGCAUCAUAUGGUUCCUAUGGGGCUCAGCCGCCUUCUGGGUAUGGUGGAUAUGGACAGAAGCCUCUUGUUACUCCACCGGCUUAUGGACAGUCGCCGCCACAACAGUCUCCUAAUGCUGCCCCACAAGGUGGUGGCUAUGCCCAACCAGCUCCUUAUAGUGGUUAUGGGCAGGCGGAUGCAAGCGGUCAGCACCCUCCUUACGGUGGUGUUGCUGCUAGGGUAGCAGUGGUGGUGGUGGUGCGGUUGCUAAAGCUUCACCUCAGCAGAGUUGAUGAUCAGGCACACUUACUGGAUGGGCGGGCAAGUGUUGGUGCAAGUGUCGAUUCAGCCAGGCAAAACCUGGCAGCUACAUUUACGAAUGAUUUUGUAAAUGUUGGCUUUGGUCAGGAUAAACUAAAGAGGUUCAUAUGGCCUUAGAGUUGGAGAACUAAAGUUGAUCUUGCAUUAGGAGAUAUACAUGUUGCAAAGUGUAUCAAGUCUGACUACCCAUGUGUCCCAUUGGAGGAAGCUCAAGGCAAUAUAGAUAUUUUGAGCAAGUUCAUAGAUUUAGAGUUCUUGAAUGGUGUUACUAAGGAAGAGUGGAGACAAGUGAGGCACACAUUUAAAAAAAUCAGCACAAAUCUUGUUUAUAGUGAGGCACACAUUAGGUUAUCAGAACUAUUAGUUUGUAAAUUUCUGUUACAACUCUACUGAUUUGUUUUAUCUUUAAUGGUACGAUUAUUUGUAUGACAUUAAAUUUUAUGCAAUG